AAUUAAAGUUAUUAUAUCUUCUUCCUUCUUCGGUGGACUCCUCAAAUGGAGGUCACUCGCCGAUAGUUGGAUCACUCGCUCCGUUCAUCUUUCCGGCAAGAAGGGACGAAAAUCUGACGAUAUGUAGUGAUAGAAAAGGAGGAAAGAGGCAAAAGCUAGUUUCCGUUUCAAUAAAUGAGCUUCGAAGUUCGAAAUGAGCCUCAACAUCAAUGGUAUCUUCCGUUAGUAGCAUCACCUUGUUUCACCCUCCGGCUGUUUUUCGAGAUGUAUAUCACAAUGUAACUUUUUUCUGCUUCCUCAAAAAUUUGAUACCCACAGAACCUGUUCCUUGUGAAUUCUCAGGGACCUUUCGUAAAGCAAGAUUUAUGUUGAAUGUUAUAUUUUGCCCAUGGAUAUAGACCUUGAGCUGCCAUCCAGUGAUCAUGAAAGGUUAGACAUUAUUCAGAGUCAAAAUGAUGGCAUGAAUGUGGGUCAAGCAAAUGGUCAGGGAAAGUAUGAAAAUUCUCUUGGAAGGGAUGAGCACCAUGAGGAAAUGUCUGUGCCCAAUGCCAAAAGAAGUAGUGGUGAGGAUCGGAUGGACAUCAUUAAUGUUGAAACAGACAUUAGAAUGGGUCCGUUUGAACCAAAAAAUGGUUUGGAGUUUGAGUCGAAGGAAGAAGCGUAUUCUUUUUAUAGAGAAUAUGCUAGAUCUGUGGGAUUUGGCAUCACUAUAAAAGCAAGUAGGCGCUCGAAGAAAUCUGGAAAGUUUAUUGACAUUAAAAUUGCAUGCUCUAGAUUUGGAAGCAAGCGAGAGUCUACUACGACUGUCAACCCUAGACCAUGUAUGAAGACAGGUUGCAAUGCUAGCAUGCAUAUUAAGAAGAGGGAAGAUGGAAAAUGGUUUGUACACGGUUUUACAAGAGAGCAUAACCAUGAGAUUUGUCCUGAUGAUUUCCAUCAUGCUAUGAAGGGAAGGAAUAAAAAACCGGACAUUGCCAUUUCUGAGAAAAAGGGUCUGCUAUUGGCUUUAGAUGAGGGAGAUGUUCUAUUGAUGCUUGAACAUUUUAUGCAUAUGCAGGAAAAAAAUCCCAAUUUCUUCUAUGCCAUACAUUUCAACCAAGAAAAGCAACUGAGAAAUGUUUUGUGGGUGGAUGCAAAAGCGAGGAAUGAUUACCAGAAUUUCAGUGAUGUAAUUUUCUUUGAUACUUACUACUUAACUAAUGGAUACAAAGUUCCUUUUGUUCCUAUUGUUGGAGUUAAUCAUCAUUUUCAGUAUAUCUUGUUUGGAGGUGCACUGAUUGGUGAUAUGGCUACUUCAACUUUUAUUUGGUUAAUGAAGACAUGGCUCAAAGCAGUGGGUGGCCGAGCACCCAGAGUUGUCUUAACUGAUCAAGAAUUAUCUUUGAAAGAAUCAGUUUCCGAUGUAUUUCCCAAUGCAGUCCACCUUUUCUCUUUAUGGCAUAUAUUGAGAAGAGUUCCUGAAAAACUAGGAAGGACUAUAAAUCAGAAUGGCGGUUUUAUAGAAACCCUCAAUAAGUGCAUUUAUGGAUCUUGGACGGAUAAAGAAUUUGAAAAGAGAUGGUGGGAAAUGAUAGAUAAAUUCCAAAUAAGGGAGGACGAAUGGCUUCAGUUACUGUUUGAUGAUCGUAAGAAGUGGGUGCCAACGUAUGUGAAGAAUUACUUUUUGGCUGGAAUGUCUACACUUGAACGAUCUGGGAGUGUGAUCUCCUUUUAUGACAAGUAUAUAUGUAAAGAAACUUCAUUCAAGGAGUUCAAUGAACAUUCUGAGAUAUUUUUCAAGGACAUGCUUGAGCUGGAAGCUAAUGCUGAUUUUGAAACUCGGCACCAAGAACCUAUCUUAAAGUCGCUCUCUACUUUUGAGAAACAAAUGGCCACGAUCUACACAACCACUAUGUUUAAGAAAUUCCAGUUACAGAUAUUGGGAGCAGCUUCAUGUCAAGUGCAGAAACAGACAGAAGAUGGAGCUACUGUAAUGUACCAGAUUCAUGAUCUGGAAGAGCACCAGGUCUUCCUGGUAGCUUGGAAUAAAACAGAAAUGGAUAUAUGUUGUUUAUGCCGUUCUUUUGAGUACCAAGGCAUCCUUUGCAGACAUGCUAUCCUUGUUCUUCAGAUUUUGGGACUAACUAGCAUCCCACACAAAUAUAUUUUGAGACGUUGGACAAGAAGUGCAAAGAUCAGGAUUAGUGAAUCAUCAAACCGACUUCAUUACCGAGUACAGCGUUUCAACAGCCUCUGCAAACAUGCCAUUAAAUUGGGUGAACUAGGCUCUUUAUCUCAAGAAACCUAUGAUAUUGCUAGUGAAGCUUUCGAGGAAGUACUGAGACAAUGUGCUUUUGCAAACAAUUCUACCAAGAGCUUUGCAGAAACAAAUACCUUGGGUUCUGUUGGUUUUGUUGACGAGGAAGAAAAUCAUGGUGAAUAUAUGGCCAAGUCAUCAGGGAAAAGACACAUGAGUAAAAAAGGCAAGGCGAUCAAGCAGGCACGGUACAAAUCGUCCGAGAUGGAGGUGGAUUCGGGAGCCGCUGCACUUGAUUGUUUCCAUGGCUCCCUGCCAGGAUCAGGUCAGUCGAACACAAAUUCUCCUUUCUGUGUUGGACCUGAAGAUUAUUAUAGUCAUCAGGCUAUGCACAAUUUGCUCAUGUUGGUCCAUGUAGUGAAGGACAAACUAUACCUGCCGGUUCAUGUAGUGACGGACAAACUAUGCAGUCCCAAGGACAGCUUAUUUGAGGGAACUAAGUGCACGAGGGGGCGUUUUGAGGUCGAGGAUCAUUUGCAAGAUGUGGUAUGCCAUUGGUUAUGUGUGUUUCUUAAUGAUUACAUUUCGGAUUUCGGACUCUCCUUUUGCGAGGAUGUAGUUCUUGUUGUCAUAGGAACAGCCUGAUGAUUCCUCGACCCAAACUCAAUUAACAACCGGGCAUAUUCAAGAUAAGUGACUGUCUGGAUAGUUGAAACAAGAACAAACAAGGGCAACCUUGACACAUCAAACGAGUCUGCAUCGUAAAGUUUUCUGGGUAUGAUCUAAACGUCAGUUCAUGGUUUGUUCUCAUAUUCUUCCGUUUUGUUUGGUCCUAUGUUCUUAUUUCUAGAAAAUAUGAUCCAGGAACCAACAGAACUAAUAUUUAACGGCUUGUGCAGGCAAAGCAUUUUUUCUCGUCACAAAGCCACUCUUAAUGAAGUAAAUAUAUCGUAUGAAA